AACACCACCAGAUCCGUUUUCCUAUGGGCAGCGACUAGCGAGCGUAGCUUCAACGCCGAAGAAUUAUAUAUAUAUAUAUAUAUAUCAAUCAUUGGUAUCUUCAUUUUGGUCGUGUCAAAUCUCUCCUUAGAACGUGCCUGUAACAAUCUUUCAGAUCAUCUACUGCCUGGUUUUUCAAGAUAUUAUCUGGAGGAUCUAGCAACCCAGCCAUGAACAGGGCUGGGCCUCUUGAGGCCGUGCUGUUCGACGUGGACGGGACUCUCUGCGAUUCAGACCCUCUCCAUUUUGAAGCAUUCAGAGACCUGCUAAAAGAGGCUGGUUUCCAAGGCGGUGUCCCAAUUGACAAUGGCUUCUACAGUAAGAACCUAUGCGGCAGCCUAGAAGUUAUAUACGAUGCCCUCUUCCCUGAGGAUCGCCGGAAGGCCCUUCAAUUCAUGGAAGACAAAGAAGCAUAUUUCCAGAGGUUGGCCAAAGAAAAACUUGUGCCUGUGAGUGGUCUGCACGAUCUCUGCAAAUGGAUCGAAGACAAGGGCAUCAGGCGUGCUGCGGUGACGAAUUCUCCAAGAGCAAAUGCUGAAGCCAUGAUUUCGGCAGUUGGGUUGUCCGAAUUCUUCGAGUUUGUUGUUUUAGGAGAAGAAUGCGAGCGCGGAAAGCCGUAUCCAGAUCCAUACUUGAAAGCUCUAAAAUGUCUUGGUGUCCCAGCGAAGAGAGCAAUGGUUUUUGAGGAUUCUUCGUGGGGGAUAAAAGCUGGAGUGGCAGCUGGGCUUCCAGUUGUUGGUCUCACCACAAGCAAGCCGGAGCAGAAGCUGUUGGAUGCUGGUGCUUCACUUGUGAUCAAAGAUUUUGAGGAUUCUCAGCUGUGGAAGAUAUUGGAAGGGAUCGAAACUCCGAGUUCAUGAACUCGCGCAUCAUGAUCUUUCGCCGAAGCAAGUAAUGGAAAACUAAUCUUCUAUUUUCUAGUUUCGCCAUGUGAAACAACAGAUUGCUGGUUACAUGUUAUCAUGUCACUCAAAAAUAAGUGAUAUGUGGGCAAGCACAUAGAUCUUGUUCCUUUUGAUUUGUAUCACAAUCUCAAAUUUGUUUGUGUUAGUUCAUUUAUAAACCCUAAUUACACCACCCAACUUGGGUCUUUUUUGUUUGUAGGGGUGAAUAAACUUGAAAGGAAGACAUAAAUAUAAACAU